UCCCGUGAAUAAUUACACUUGUAGCACAAACUAUAACUCUCUUUUCCACCGAGUGAAUCUUUUUGGAGUAUUUUCAUUCAUAUUUCCUAAACACGUUAGUUACUUUGAAACAGUACUCAAAAUACGAUGAUCUUUUUAAUGGAUAAUGCUGUCAACAAAAAUUGUAGAGAUUGAUCCGCAUAGCAUCAAUCCCUGGCGCAAAAUGCAUUGUGGAGGCAACACAGUUACUGCCAUAAGAAAAUCCAAUCCAACAUGAGACAACACCAAAUAAACAAGUUUGUGUUCACACAUCACCAUAUUGUUAAUUUGUAGUUUUUUUGCAAGAUACUUUAUGAAUGGAGAAAUGUUACACUUAAUUUGUAGUUUACUUGUUAGCUGUUUAGAAAAAAGAAAAAUGAAAAAAAUAUUACUGAUAUAUUUUGAAGAUUUUUUAAUUAAUUUUUAUUUACUGUUUAAAAUUUAUUUAAAUUUAUAAAAAGUGUGUUUUAUCUUUCACUCCUAAUGUAAUAAUUUUUUUAUAUUUUAAAAAUUUUCAUUAACUUUAACUAAUAACUUGUCCGUGAAAAAAAUAAUUGUUAAGGAAAGUAUUUUUUAUUUAUUUGGUAGUUGCUGCCAACGACUAGGAAUAAAGCCCGUCUUAACAGUGGCCAUUGACUAGACUUGACUUUAUACCAUCAUGUUCCUUCGUUGCACUUUGUAAAAUCAAUCCAUAAUUCCUAUCUCUGCUCUCUGCUCUGUGCUCUCUGAUCUCUGUUCUUUCCCCAAAACCAUGGCUGAAUCAGUACUCUUCAGCGUGGCAGAGUCGCUCAUAGGGAAGCUUGCUUCCCGUGCCAUGGAAGAAGCUUCUCUGGCUAUGGGUGUGUAUGAUGAUCUACGCGAGAUGAAACAGACUAUCUCGUUCAUCAAAGCCGUGCUGUUGGAUGCAGAGCAAAAGCAGCACCAGAACAACCAGUUGCGUGAAUGGCUCACGCAGAUCAAGCACGUGCUCUAUAACGCCGAAGACAUCGUCGAUGACUUUGAGUGUGAAGCGUUGCGAAAGCAUGUUGUUAAAACUCAGGGCAGCCUGUCCAGGAAGGUACGCCGUUUCUUCUCAUGUUCUAAUCCUAUCAUAUAUCGUCUUAAAAUGGCACAUGAGAUUAAAGAAAUCAAUAAGAGAUUAAACAAGAUUGCAACUGAUAGAAACAAUUAUGGCCUUCAAACCAAUGAUGUUGAUACGCGUGUCGUGCAUAGGAGGGAAUUGACCCAUUCCCACGUAAAUGCUUCUGAUGUGAUAGGAAGGGAACAGGAUAAGAAAAACAUCAUUGAACUUUUGUUGCAAGACGAUGAUGGUGGAAGUCUCUCUGUUAUUUCCAUUGCGGGAAUUGGAGGCUUGGGAAAGACCACACUUGCGAAGACUGUUUUCAAUGAUAACAUUAUUGAUGAGUCUUUCGAGUUGAAGAUGUGGGUGUGCGUGUCUGAUGAAUUUGAACCCAAGAAAAUGCUUAUUAAGAUCCUCAACUCUGCUGCAAACCUGAAUCAAGAGAACUAUAAGGACCUCGAGAUGGAGCAGCUAAAAAAUCAUGUGAGAAAUAUGCUUGAUGGUAAAAAGUUCUUGCUUGUCUUGGAUGACGUGUGGAAUGAGGAUCGUGUUAAAUGGGUUGAGUUCAAGAGUUUAAUACAAAUAGGUGCCAAAGGAAGUAAAGUCCUAGUGACUACUCGUAGCCAUGACAUUGCUGCCAUGGUGGGCACUAAACCCUCGUACUCCUACCCAUUAAAAGGUCUUUCUGAAGUGGAUUCCAUGACUCUGUUCAUCAAAUGGGCUUUCCAAGAAGGAGAAGAGAAGAAGUAUCCAGAAUUGUUGUUGAUUGGGAAAGAAAUUGCAAAGAAAUGCCGAGGGCUUCCGUUGGCAGUGAGAACUUUGGGAUGUUCACUGUUCUCAAAAGUUGAUGCAGAAGAGUGGAAGUUUGUUAGAGACAAUGAGAUUUGGAGUUUACCUCAAAAUAAUGGUGACAUUUUGCCGGCACUCAAAUUAAGCUAUGAUCGAUUACCUUCUUAUUUAAAACGAUGUUUUUCUUGCUUCUCCUUUUUUGAUAAGGAUGUUAUUUUUAGUAGUUUUGAUGUUUCUGCCCUUUGGGAGGCACUUGGUUUCCUUCCAUCAUCAAUGCAAAAUAAAACAUUGGAAGACGGUUGCACUCAUAUUUUGCAUGAGCUGCGCUCGAGAUCUUUUCUUCAAGAUUUUGUUGACCAUGGUACUACUUGCAAGUUCAUGUUACAUGAUUUGGUGCAUGAUCUUGCACUAUAUGUCUCAAAAGAUGAGUUUCAGCGCGUGAAUUCCCGCACUCAAAAUAUAUCUGAAAGUACCCAACAUUUGUCAUUUGCUGAAGACAGUUUGCUUGGCCAAGCUUCCUUUCCUAUAGGUCUAAGAACCAUUAUUUUUCCUCAUAGAGCCAACAAUGAAGCUUCCUUGAAUUCAUUGUUGUCCAGGUGCAAAUACUUGCGGUUUCUGAAUAUAAGUUCUUCUGCAUACAAGAGUUUGCCUAGCUCCAUUGGUAAGUUGAAACAUUUAAGAUGUCUCAUUCUUCAACAUAAUACAGAACUUUCAAGACUCCCAGAUUCAGUGUGCAAACUCCAAAAUUUGCAAGUUUUACGACUCCAUCAUUGCAAAAACCUAGAAGCGUUGCCCAAAGGCAUAGAAAACUUGAUCAACCUUCGGCAGCUGUAUUUAACCUUUAAGCAAUCUAGUUUUCCUGAGAUUGCAAAAUGGACUUCUUUAGAAACUUUAUACUUGGAUUCUUGCGACAACCUGAAGUCAUUAUUUGAAGGGAUACAACUUCCUAGUCUUAAAUGUUUUAUUAUUUUAUCUUGUGGGAGUCUAAAGUCUUUGCCAUUUCAUGCCAUUCCAAACUUGGAGAGUUUGGUUAUUUUCGGCUGUCCUAAGUUGGAAUUGUCAAAAGAACUUGACGAAAAUAUUCCCAGUUUGAAAUUAAAGUUUCUUGGUCUUUGUGCUUUACCGCAACUGGUCACUUUGCCUCACUGGUUGCGAGGAUCUUCAAACACAUUGCAAUCCUUGGUAACUAUCAAAUGUGUCAAUCUUGAGGAGCUUCCUGAGUGGUUUUCGACUUUGAUUUGUCUCAAAACACUUUCAUUUAGUGAUUGCCCAAAAUUGAUUUCACUCUCUGAUAACAUGCAUCACCUGAUAAAGCUUGAAUAUUUAGAAAUUGAAUAUUGUCCUGAAUUAUAUAAAAGAUGCCAACCGAAUGUCGGAGAGGAUUGGCACAAAAUAUCACAUGUCAAACAAGUUAUCCUUCGUCAACGUGAAGAGGAAGAGUAAUUCUCAGAUAACAUUAGUCAAAAGUGUGAAGGGGAAAGGACUGUUUCGUGAGAUUCCAAAAAUUUGUUUUGCUACUACUGCUUGAAUUUGAUUAAUCUCUCUUAGCAUCCCUGGCAGCAAGACAAGGAUCAACAACAAUGGCUGCAUUUCAGAUAUGCUUACACAUAUGGAUGGCAACUUCCUGCUUGCUGAUGGAUUGGCUGUUGCUGGACAAGAAAGAAAAUGAUUCUUUAUGAAAACGUAACUUUUGCAACCUAGAUGGUUGGGAUGAAGAAUUGCUAUUUGUUUUCAGGCACAAAUAUUUUGCUACAUACGGAGGAACUGGUACAUCAGCCUCCAACCUAGUUAGGUUUGGGGUGGGUAAAUGUAUAUAGCCUAAUCUUUGCAAAUAGAGACGCUUUUUCCGAAAUUUGACC